UUCUAGCGCGACUGCCUAGACUUGCGACUUCGACUUCGAACUUCAACCACCCACUGCUUGACGAUUUCCCAACCCACCACUGUCUUUUUCAACGCCGACUUCCCACAACCAAGAAAUAACGGCCUAAUUCUGCGAUACUACCCGACAUCUAUUUGAAGCGGAAUCUCGAAACUACACAUCAUCUCCCGCUUGACCGAAAACGCGCCAAUCGCGAAUUAGUGACAACUGCCGAUCAAGGCCAGGUCGACCUAGAUUCCGCAUGACGUACGACCAAGUCUAGGCGACCAGCAACCUCAACCUCACUUCUUACCCAAGUCUAAACGUCCACCCGCUCUCCCAACCGAAUUUCCCACGAGCUGUCGAAAGAAUACUUUAUCCAACCCGUCAACAUGAGUGCUUCCCCCGCCGGCGCGCCUCCCACCGGCGUUGCUCCUAAUGGGCCACAACCACCCAAGAAAAUCAUCCGCAAAAAGGCCACUGCCGAUCCCCUCGUGGCUAGAAAGAAAACCCUUCCAAAACCCCCAAUGGCACGACGACCUGCCGACUGGGAGGCCAGAUCUCGCGCUUCGGAAAACGCCGGCCAAAACAGGUCGCUUCGCCAGCUCGAAAUCAAGGCCAUGGAGCACAAGAGAAAGAGAUCCAUGAACCCGGGGAAAUGGAGUGAACAAGCGCAGGGCUAUGUCGAAGAGUUCCCUCUGAUAGUAACCAAGAAGCAGCUCAUGGAGUUGCGGUUCCAUGUCAUGCAGCUCAACAACAAACACGGCAAUCUGGACGUAACCGACCAAGACCAGUUCCCCCGCCCCGUCACUUUGCAACGCCGUGACCCCCGUCUGCCGCCUGCCCACCGCAUGGCGCUCAAGGAAGAGAUGGAGGAUGUGCCGAUGGACGAUGCAGAGGCCGAGCGUAUUCGGCAGGAGAAGGAGGCCAAAGAAGCCCAGCGUGCAUUGGACCAAGCCAAGAUCGCUCCCGUCAUGAAGCCGAAUGAGCCAAAUAAGCCGCAAAAGAAGGACAAGAGCUUGAAGACUCACGUCUUUCACGGAAAGCACUCCGAGGAGCACAAGAAAGCAUUGGAUCUGCGCUAUCAGGAGACGCUUCCAUGGCACCUCGAAGAUGCCGAGGGCAAGUCGGGCGUCUGGGUCGGACACUACGUCGCCGGUCUGUCCGAAGUCAACUGUGCUCUCAUCCAGACCCAGGACCAAAAGUUUCAAAUGAUCCCCUUGACCCGUUGGUAUGCCUUCCACGAGAAGCCAAAGUUCAACGUUUUGUCCUUGGACGACGCCGAGAACAUGAUGAAGCAGAACAAGGACGUCAAGCGCUGGGUCAUGCGCGACAGAGAGAGGGAGCUGACUCAAAAGGAGAAGGCCGAUACUAGGAUGUUCCUUGGUGGGCGUGCGCGUGUGAAGACGGAAAGUUACACAUCGAGGGCUGCUCCCAAGUCCGAGAGACGGGACGAUUUCGAGCUCGACAUGUCAGGCGACGAGUUCCAGGAUGACGAUGAAACCCCCGGUUUCGAGGCAGAGGACGAGGAUGCCAAGGAGGCCAAAGAGCGUAUUCGUCGCGAGCAAGCUGCGGCUAACCUGUUUGGCGAGGGUGAUCAGAGCAAGGUUGACGAGGAAGAGAGAGAGCGUCAGUUGGAGAAGCUCAGGCUGAAGAAGACGGGCAAGGAAGUCGUCAAGCGUUUGGUCAAGUUGGAGCACGCCAUGGACUACGAUGCAAGCUCCGACUCGGAGAGGGAAUCGGACAACCCCUUUGCCGAUUCGGAGGAAUCCGAAGAUGAGAAUGAGGAGAAGAAGGAGGGGGAGGAAGUCAAGGAAGAAGAGAAGAAGGAUGGUGUUUCGGGCACUAUCAGCAAGGGUACUGCGACGCCGACAGGCAAGCAAAAGGCUCCUGAUUCUGCAAAGAAGAACAAGUUGAAGCGUGCUGGUUCGCCCAACUUGUCGGAAUCUAGUGAAGCCGAAUCGAGCCGGAAGAAGGCCAAGCUUGCCGCCAACAAGGGCACAGCGUCCGUGGGCCAGAGCCGAUCGAAUACUCCCCUGCCUGGUCGUCCCAAGGGCGCCACCAGCGACGGUGAAAUGUCUGACGGCGGUGCAAAGAGCAGCAGGCCCCAGAUUAAGCAGGUGCCUACGUCCAGGCCCGGUAGUCCUCCCCAGCCAGGCUCCCCCAGCGGCUCCCCGCCACCUACCUCGGGCGGCGCCACCCCAGCCAACGACUUCAUCAAGCCCGAAGAGGUCAUGGCCGCCAUCGACCAGUACCCCAACGGCGUCGCUCUCGCCGUGCUCAUGAAACCCUUCAGUCAUCGCAUCGAUGCGACGCCCAACCGCUCCAAGCCCCACCUGUCUACCAAGUCAGAGUGGCUUGGUAUGGUCAAGCGGUUUGGUUACUUGGGUCCCGACAAGCUCAUUAGGCGCAAGACCGGCCCCGCUCAAGGUGGAGGAAGUGGUGCUGCUAGCCCUCAGUCGUAAAGCGGCAGCGGCGUGCCCUAGGCUGUUGAUGAGGAAGCAUCCGGCGGCGGCGGUUCAUGAUGGAACGGGGGACUGUAACUAGGAAUGGAAAAGAAUAUGGGGCUGGAAGUGAUAAGCCGGCUCUGGAAGGAGGGGCAGUGGUUAUGCUACCCCUCCGAAGACAGACAGGCGACACAAGUGCCGAAUGCCUGUCAUCCAAGCUGGGAACUGUGGUCAACGACAAACCUGAACCGAAACGGACGAUUUGAAUCAAAAUCCUUGGGCCGAUUCACAUCAAAACAUUGCACCGAUCGCCGAGCUAAGUGGUUCCAAAAAGUUAAAGUUGUUUUGAAGAGGCUUUGGCUAGAAGAGCAGCAAAUAACCUACAAGGGAUCCUUCCACAGGUAUAAGCGGUUGAAUUUUGUACGAUCGACAUCGCAAUAUCACUACUUUAUGACAUUACUCGUAAAACAUGGCGGAGAUGAAGAUAUUUAGGCCAACACUUGUCGAUUCGACAGAUAGUACCUAGUAACAGACCUCAUUUGAAG